ACUGAAUGUCGGGUAUCUUUCGAAAGACGCUAAAUAUCUGCUUUAAAACCAGAAUUAUUGAAUACUUUAUCUACAAGACGCUGAAAAUCGUAACAAUGCCGUUUUACGCUGUUGCAAAAGGCCGAAGUACAGGUAUUUAUAAUUCAUGGGCUGAUUGCGAAGCCCAAGUUAAAGGUUUCUCUGGAGCAAAAUUCAAAAAGUUCGACACUAAAUCAGAUGCUAAUGAAUUCAUCCGUUCUAAUUCUAACUAUGGUGGUAGCUAUGGAAACAAACCCACUUACAAUCAUUAUCAAAGCAACACCAAUAAAAAUCUUAAGAGAUCUCAAGAGAUCUUAAGAGAUAGCACAUCGUCCACGAACAACAAUCAUCAGAACAAAAGCUCUUCAUGGACCAAUGAGGAUUCCGAUUCAUCCGAUACAUCUGGAGACGACCUAGUCGUUAUAUUAAAUAAGCAAAUGGACGAUUUAGAGAAACGAAUAAACGAUUUUGCCAAAGGCAAUAAGAUAAGCAAGUCUGCUCUAGCAACCGGUCCCCGUGCCGAAGUUAAAAAAACUAUUUUAAUCGAACCACCACAGUCAAAAAAAUACAAACAUGCGGAAAACAUUGAGUUUGAAAUAGAUAAUGAAGGUUAUGUACAAGUCUAUACAGAUGGCGCUUGCUCAGGCAAUGGCACGCAGGGUGCUCGAGCUGGUCUCGGGGUGUACUGGUGUGACAACCACCCACUCAACAGAUGCCAGCCAGUCUCUGGCCGAGCCACCAACAACUGUGGUGAGAUUCAAGCAGCAACACUUGCCAUCAAGAUUGCACUCCAACAUGGAAUCAAGAAACUAACCAUUAAUACAGAUUCACAAUAUCUCAUCAAUGCAGUUACCAAAUGGAUAUCUGGUUGGAAACAAAAAGGAUGGAAAUUGACAUCUGGAAAGGCUGUAAAAAAUGAAAUAGAUUUCAAGGAUCUAGACAGUGUCAUGCACAAACUUGUAAUAAGAUGGAACUAUGUUAAAGCACACAAUGGAAAACAUGGCAAUGAGAUGGCUGAUAGGUUAGCAAAAGCUGGAGCAACCAUGUACAAUAAACAAUUGAGUGUUUAGGUGAUGAUUGAUGCUUUGACCAGAGUUAUUGUUACA